AUGGGCAAGGGACUCACAGAAGGCAUGCAUUCAUUUGUUGCUGUUUCUUUCUUCUCCCCCUUUAAUAUUAUCUUUAGGGAUCCAUUUGCCGCACACAAUGAUCAUAUGCGUCGUUUCUUAUCUGAACCUUUUGGACGAGAUCCAUUCCUCUCAAUUAAUGGUGGGGAAGGAGCUGUACAUCAUAGAGGACGUCCUGAUUCUCAGGUUGCUUUAAGAGACAAUCACAAGACGAUGAGCUGUUCCCUUAUGCCUUUUGGCAGUUUUGGUGGCAUGGCAGCGAGUUUUCCGCUUAUGCCUUUUGGCAGUUUUGGUGGCAUGGCAAUGAGUUUCCCUCUUAUGCCAUUUGGCUGUUUUGGUGGCAUGAACAUGGAUUUCAGGGAUCAUUUCUCUGCAAUGGACAGAAUGAUGUCAAACAUGAGAAACAGUAUGAUGGAAUUGCACAGAAAUUUUGAUAAAAUGGCACUUGAUCCAAAUGGUCACUCGUUCAGUUCUUCCUCAGUGAUGACUUAUUCCAAGAAGGGUGAUGAACCUCCAAAGGUUUUCCAGGCUUCAGCUCAGACACGUGUGGCUCCAGGAGGGAUUAAAGAAACCAGAAAAGCACUUAAAGAUUCUGAAAGUGGGCUUGAAAAAAUGUCUAUUGGUCAUCACAUUCAAGAUCGUGCUCAUGUUGUUCAGAAGGCCAAGAACAACAAAACUGGUGAUGAGGAACUGAAUCAAGAAUUUGUCAAUUUAGAUGAAGAUGAAGCUCGUGCAUUUGAUGAACAAUGGCAGAAGGAGAUUCUGAGGUACAAGCCCUCAGGAACAAGAAAUGGUAUAGAUGCACCAAGACAUAGAAACAGCCAUCACAUAAGCAAGGAAGACGCAACAGGAGGCUGUUUCUUCGGAGGACGCAAUAAUUCUGGAUCAAUGACUUAA